AUGGCCGUGGAGCUCAAGGACCUGGCGCCGCUGCUGCUCAAGAAGGAGCGCGCCAAUGGGGACAUCGACCCGGCCGUGCUCACCGACGUCCUGCGCGACGGCAAAGCCGCCAACGACCGGCGCAAGCAGCUGGUCAAGGUCAUCGAGGACCAUCCCGUGCUCUCGGACCGCGACAUGAUGUUCCGCAACCACACGCAGCGCUACGAGUUCGGGUUGAAGAAGGCCUUCCACUACGUCAAGCUGCUGCAAGAAGGCGGCUACACGGACCCCGUGGACCAGCAGAUCCUGUACAAGGCGUUGGCCGAGCCGCUGGGCUUCGACGUGCACCGAGCCAUCCGCAAGUGGUGGCCCGGCGGUCUGGGCAAGACGGCCAACCACGCCAUCGUGCACGCGCGGCUGUUCCUGGACGGGAAGGACGUGGGCGUGCAGGCGUUCCUGGUGCAGCUCCGGUCGCUGGAGGACCACCAGCCUCUGCCGGGCAUUGAGGUCGGCGACAUUGGGCCCAAGGUUGGAUUCAAUGCCAUCGACAACGGCUACUGCGCGUUCCACAAGAUCCGUACCCCCCGUGAGAACAUGAUGAUGCGGUACGCCAAGGUGCUGCCUGAUGGGACUUUUGUAAAGCCCAAGAGCGACAAGCUGGUGUACUUGACGAUGGUGCAGGUUCGAGCGUACAUGAUCAAGACUGCAGGUCUACAGCUGGGGGCAGCUAGCACUAUCUGCACUCGAUUCAGUGCCGCUCGUAUCCAGGGGCGUACUCCGGACAACAAGGGCGAGUUCCAGGUGCUGGACUAUCAGAACCAGCAGCACAAACUGUUCCCGCUCAUCGCAAUCUCGUACGCCGCGCACUUUGCCGGUACGUCUCUGGUGGAGAUGCACGACUCUGCCGUUGAUAUAAUCAAGAGCGGUGGGUCUUCAUUCGGAGCCAAACUGGCAGAGCUCCACGCUGUGUCCUCUGGUCUGAAGGCCUGGCUGGCAGAGCGAGUGAGCGACGGCGUUGAGACGUGCCGUCGCUUAUGUGGGGGCCACGGCUUCACUCAGUCGAGCAAUCUGGCCCACCUAUUCGCCGAAAUUGUCGGCGCGAAUACGUACGAAGGCACGUUCGACGUGCUGGUGCAGCAGCACGCCCGUUACCUGCUGAAGACGCUUGGUUCGCUCCCUGUUAGCGAGAACUCCACCAAGUUCCUGAACCAGGUCAAGCAGUACAGUGAUACCAAGCUGCGCUGCAAGGCCCAGACCUCUGAGGACUUUGGCGAUCUGGACCUGCUGCUGGAAGCCUUCCAAACGCGCGCAGCACGCAUCGUCCUCGCACUGGCUAACCAGAUGAAGGCCGCGAAAAACGACGGCAAUGCCUGCAUGGUGUUCAUGACUCGUGCCUCGACUGCUCACGCGGAGCUCAUUCUACUGGAGGCGUUCAUCCGUGGAGUGAAGAAUCUCCCGCCUGGAGCUGAGAAGAACUCGCUGACUCAACUGUGCUCGCUCUUCGGUGUCUGGCUGAUCACCAACUCGCUGGGAGACUUCCGCCAGUUGGACUACAUCUCCUCCCACCAGGUUGACCUUGUUCGCGAACAGAUCGUGCGUCUACUGCCGGUCAUCCGCAAGAACUGCGUACUGUUGACGGACGCUUGGGACUUCAGCGAUUUCGAGCUGAACUCCACUAUCGGUCGUUAUGAUGGCGACAUCUACCGCGCGUUGGUGAAGCGCGCUGCGGACGAGCCGCUGAACAAGACGCAGGUGCCUGAGGGUUACGAGAAGUACUUGAAGCCGCUGAUUCAAUCCGAUCUGUAG